UAACCUACAGGCAACAUCGCACGUUUUUUAGAGAAAUCGAUAAUCAAUAAAUCGAUCUUUUAACUUAAUCGAAUGUACGGCCGCGCGCCCCUCCCUAGGCCGGCCAUGUUUGAGCCAUUCUUUUUUCGUGCGGCAACGAGUGCACACCAAUUUUACGAAAAAAUGCCUAAGCGAAGUGCUCAGGAGAAGUUAAAACGAUACAAACGUAAAAUAAGGAAAAUUCAAGAAGAGGAGAGUAAAAAACGUCGACUACGACGUGUUUUUGAUUCCUCGGAUGACGAAAAUGUUACAGAUUUGGAUCAUGCCGAAUCAUUCGGACUUAUGGAUGGACAAACUGAGGCUCCGAUUUCCAUGCCGGAAUGUCAACCAGAUGAGCCGGACGAACCACCACCUGCAUCUCCGACUCCAAAACUAUCAGAGGCCGCAGACGGGGCGCAACCUGAAGACUCGCAAGUACCGAACACAUCACCUACGGAGGUCACGCCCGAACCGGAACAGACCUUAGAUCCCGAGCUAUUAUCGGCUUUAGGUGCUUCCACCUCAGACACGCCAGAAUUCGGGGAAGCUAUUCACGACAGCUUAGCGACUUUGUGGCUCCCUUUGCUGCGGAAAGGAUUGCCCAAAGACGAGAAAGACAAACUAGUUAAGGACCAUUUGAUUCCCAGUAAUUGUAGACUUUUACAGUCACCAAAACUGAACCCAGAAAUUUCAGCGGCUGUUUCUGAGAUUGUCCGAGGUCGUGAUAAAAAACUUGCUGGUUUCCAACAAACGCUAGGGAUAGGUAUCUCAGCAAUGAACCGAGCUAUGGAUAUUUUACUCAAGUCUGACGAUAAAAUUAAAUCUUUGAAAUAUCUCAGUGAUAGCUGUCGUCUUUUAUCCGACUUACACCAUUCCUUUACUAAAGACAGAGUAAAACUUGUUACACCAAGUUUAGAAAAGAGCGUCCUACACGUUAUUCACGACGCAGAACGCGAUGACACGCUUUUCGGUAGCUCGUUAGGGGAGAAAAUUAAAGCCUGUAAGGCUAUAGAAAAGCAGGGCCAACAAAUUAGAAAAGUUGGCUAUCAGGCUAAACAGAAUGCCGCUCCUCAGCCCUCAACAAGUCGUCCUGUCCAUCAGGGAAAUUGGACAGGACCUCCUCGCUACCCUUCAAACAGAGGGGGACGGGGAGGUCAGCAGAGGCCAGCACCGAAAGUGAUUCGUCGGUCUUAUCCCUCGACGGCAACCCAACAAACGCCGUCGAAGAACUUCAACCAAUCCAAGAACCGUGCCAACGCACAGCAAUAGUGCAGGGAGUACCAUCCCCUGCACAACACUCUUAUCCUGGGUGCCGCGAAGCUCUGCGGACGGCGUUUGCACGCAGGGACGUCCCGCCUGC